AUGUCUCCCAUACCCAAGCUCCCCACCCCAAUCACCAUCCCCCCCACCACCUCCUACACCCACCCCACCCCCCCGCUCACCCCUCUCACCCCACAUCCCCUCACCGCUACCCCCGCACCCCCCGCACACCUCCUCUCAACACCCUACACCGCCAAACUCGGCUCCGGCGCAUGGUCAACCGUCUACUCACUCACCCCCCACCUCGCCGUCAAAACACCCUCCAACCCCUCCGCGCUCCCCAUCCUCCACGCAGAGGCAGAAAUCCUAUCCCACCUCACAGCAGCACUCACAACCUCCUCCCCGCCGUGCGUGGCGCGCAUACACUACUACGACCCCAAGACCGCACACCUGUACCUCGACCUCCUCGCCGCCGGCACCCUCGAGUCCCUCGCCCGCGCGCCAAACAUAAAGACAAAGACACAGCGCGGCGAACCGGUGGUGGGGUUCGCGCAGUGGCUGUUCCUGGCGGAGCGGCUGGUGGCGGCCGUGGCGGCCGUGCAUGCGGCUGGCGUGGUGCACGGGGAUAUCAAGUGGGGCAAUGUCCUUCUGCGGGCGUACACCCCCGGCGCGGAUGGGGAUGGGGAUGGUGAUGAGGUGUGGGAUGCGUAUUGUCGUGAGAACCCCGGUGCGGUGUUGUUUGAGCCGGUGCUGUGCGAUUUCUCGAGCGCGCAGAGGGGCGGCGAGGUGGUGGGGGAGGGGGUGAGUGCUGUGACGACGGGGUUUGCGGCGCCGGAGGUGUUGCGUGGGUUUUUGGGCGGGGGGAAGGCGCCGUUGGAGGUGGGGGCCGAUGUGUAUAGUGUUGGUAUGACGUUGUUGGCGGCGGCGCUGGGGAGUGAGGUGUAUGAGGGCGUGAGGCAUGUCGGGAUUUAUGCGAGGGAGGGGGAUCCGGUGGGGUGGGUGAGGGGCGGGGAGAGGGCGGUGAAGGUGGGCAGGGGGGGUGUGGUGGAGGGGGUGCUGAGGGGGUGUUUUGGGAGGGGGGCGGAGGGGAGGGUGGGGUUGGAGGAGGUGGCGGAGAGGGUGAAGGUGUGGAAGGGGCGGUGGUGGGAGGAGGGACGGGGGGGUGGAAGGUGGGGGUGGUAG